AUGGGAGAUAAAAACUUGACACCUAGAAAAAUAGAAAAGGAAUUGGGUGACACAUUGAGUGAUGGUGAUUUGAGUGCCGAAAGUGAAAUAUUUGACUCUGAUAAAGAUCCAGAAUAUGUUCCUGAUGUACUUGACAAAGGAAAUGUUUGUGAUAUAUCGGAGGCUGAUUUGGAAGAGUCGGUUGAUGGUGAUUUGGAAGAGUUGGUUGAUGGUGACCUGGAAGAGUUGGUUAAUGAUGUAGAAGUUUUAGGAGAUAUAAGCCAAUCGGAAGAUGAACAUGAAGAAAAUGGGCAGCAAACAAAACAAAGAAAACAGAAUAAAAAGAAGAGACAGGAUGAGUACAACCUAAAUAUUUUUGGUACAGAGCGUAAGAUAAAGUGGGAAGAGUGGCAGGGGAGGCAAAAGAAAUUCCCAUUUACAGGACAGUCAGGGAUAAAUCCAGAAGUAUCAGCUAAGCUAGCCGAUGGUAAGCCUAUAGAUUAUUUUUUACAUUUAGUUUCUGAGGAUAUAAUAAAUGUUAUGGUGGACCAGACAAAUUUGUAUGCGACGCAAGUCGUUUCAUGUCAAGAAGACGUUGCCCCUCAUUCCAGACUACAUGGUUGGACACCAACAGAUGCUAUUGAAAUUAAAAGGUUCCUAGGCCUAAUAGGAUGGAUGGGUUUGGUCAAACUACCAAAUCUGAGAGACUACUGGUCUAAAAACAAAAUAUACGACUUGCAAAUACCUCGAAACACCAUGAGCCGCAAUCGAUUUGAACUGCUGUUGAAAAUGUGGCAUUUUGCUGACAAUAACUUUGCAGGAACUAACAGACUUCACAAGAUAGAACAUGUAAUGAGUUUAUUCAUUGAAAAUUUCAAGCAAGCCUACACCCCUGGCGAAACAAUGUCCAUAGAUGAGAGUCAAGUACCUUGGCGAGGAAGACUUGUUUUCCGCCAGUACAAUCCUCGAAAGAGACACCGUUAUGGUAUUAAACUGUACAAACUAUGUGCGGGAAAAGGCUAUACGUGGAAUUUUUCCGUAUACAUAGGAAAAGAUGCAUGUACUGAGAGGAGCGCCUCCGAGAACGUAGUGUACAAGCUUUUGGGCGGUAUACAGAAUGGUGGCAAAGACAUUGUUCCUGGUUCGCUCCUAGGAGAGGGUAGAUCACUGGUUGUCGUUGUCGACAACUGGUAUGCGAGUGUGCCUCUUGCGCUUGGGUUAUUAGAGCACUCCACUCACUUCAUCGGGACAUUGCGUCCUGAUAGGAAGUAUCUACCACCAGCAGUUGCUUUGAACAUCAAUAAGGGAGAUAUAAUGACAAGAGAAACUGAAGAAGGACUCACUUGCAUAAAAUGGAAAGACAAACGGGAUGUUUAUUUACUAUCUACUGUUCAUACAAAUGAAGUAGUUGAAGUAACAACCAACAGUAACAAAGUGGUGCAUAAACCAAUGAGUGUUGUCCUGUACAACGAGGGAAAAUACUCAAUAGACAUGAGCGACCAGAUGGCGACUUAUAACAAAGCUUUGAGAAGAUGUACUAAGUGGUACAGGAAGCUGAUGAUAGAAGUAAUCUGGGGAAUGACAGUUGUAAAUAGCCACUUCCUCUACAACUGCUCAGGGAAUGAGAAAAUGCCAAUAAAACAAUUCAGAGAAGCGAUAGUUCUUUCCCUCCUUCAAGAAGCAACUCCAACUGAACGAAACGUCACACCACGAAGAUCUCGCGGAGCCCACUAUCUCAUCGAAGUGAUAACAGGUGACCCACCACGAAAGAAAAGAGGGAGGUGUAAAGUUUGUUACGAUGAGCUGGGAAGGCAAGGGACACUUGGACAAGAUGGCAAAGUACGCAGGGCGAAGCAAGUCUACACAGUUUGCGACACCUGCGAAGGACAGCCGCACAUGUGCCGCCCCUGCUUCAACAAGAAGCAUUGA